CAAUGGACAGAGAUUCAAUAAUGGUGACUCUAUUAACUGUAAUAACUGUCUUUGCUGUACUUAUAAAACUCCGUCUUCGCAAGAAAAAGCAGCCAUCUUUACUACAUGAUGAUGAUGUUCUUCAGAUGACACGUGGCCCUGUACCUAACAUCCAAGACAUGCAUCUGCGCUGUUCCGGGCUUCUACCACGCGACGUUCUCAACGACCGUAGCCGUAUCCACGACCCGAACUUGAUUAUCGACUCGCUCGAUUGGAUCUUGAGUCGUCGUUUCGGUUCCAAGGUGCAUUCCCUCGAUUUACUCUGUUGCUUGAGCAAGUGCGUCGCCAGUCGUUUCGAGGAGACGGUUAUUUGUUCCGUGGAGAGAUUGCGCGUCGAGAAUUUUGUUUUGGUAUGCAACUGCUAUAGCCACACGUCUCACGAUCUUCCCUUUUCUUGUCACUUUCUUUCCGAGAUGCACUCGUUGAAAUAUUUCCAGCUGCGCUUGUGCUCUUUGCACCCGAGCUGGAGAAGCCAACGUAAUUAUUCGCUCCAGACACUCUAUCUUUCCGAGGUUACGGUUUCGUCUGGUGCCGUAGAGUGCGUUUUGUCGACUUGCUCGAUGCUCCACACUUUGAGAAUUGUUAAUUGUAAAUGCCCUUCUAAGUUACGCAUACGUGGCAUCGACCUAGAAUUGAAGACUCUCGAUGUUAGUGCUUGUGAAGAUUUAGAGGAGAUAGAUUUCUUCGCCGGUAAUCUCGUCAGAUUCGAUUUUUUUAAUAAUCGAGAAACGGUUAACAUUGUAUUCAACCACGUCCCGAAGCUGGAAUGUAUAUUACUUAAGCUUGGUCCGAAUCUCGAGGGGAGCAUCAUCGAGCGUCGUGUUUUAGGGAAAAUCGAGGAAGAUUUGCCUCACCUGAAAUCAUUGAUCAUAGUUAUCAUCGAAGGUGAUAGUCUUGAGGUAUGAGAAACGUCCUCGAUUUCUUUCG